UCUUGGAGUAGUUUUAGCGUGACAUCUAUGCCUGUCGGACGUGCCCUCGGAUUAUCCACGGUAGUUUUCCGUUGUCGGUCGAACGGUUUUUCCUCGAUUUUCCCACGAAUUCGAAACAUUUUUGAUCCGCUUAAUGCAGUUUGGAUGAGUGUUGUCGGGGUGGGGUGGUAGUGCUGAUUGCAGUGAUAUUGGCAGAGAUUUCAUAGCCACGGUAGCCCGGCAACUGUAGUGGGAGUUGCACCGCGGAAGGAUUGGGGUGUUAUAUUCCAGCAAAUUGUAUCAAAAGAAAGGUGUUUCCCUACGGUAUGAAGGGAGAUUUUUCGGGGGUUUGAUGUCCCUCUCUCAUGGUGUGAAACAAGUGAUGUUGCUUUGGUGAAGAGAUGUGAGUGUUUAGAAGUGGGUGGUACAUGGUGAAGUCAUGGUUAUUAAAUCGAUGACGUCGGUACGAGCUGUAUUGAUGCUGAGGCUACUGUUGAUCCCGGUUGUGGUGAUGGUAAUAGAUGCUCGUUCGUGUAGCAAAACCAUAGUUAGUGGAAGCGGCAAUUCCUGCUUGUUGUAAUCAUUAAGCGGCAGUUGGUCCUACCCGGUUUAUGGUUGUUCAGGCUCCAGUGAACGAUUGAAUGAUGCUGCUUGAGUACCUAUGAGAAUGGUGGGAGAUUAUUUCUGGUGCAAUACACAAUGUACGUGAUGACCAAACAACUGUUCAUAUGAACCACUGUGGAAUGAUGCAAUAAUUUUGUCGAACAGGGCUUACGAGUUUCGAACGAAAUGCAGUUACUCUGAUUUCAAACUAUAAAUACCAUUUAAGACCUUUAUCGCGCUGAUUCUAAUUCCACCACUUGAGUCCUAAUCUGCUGUGUUAUUGAAGUUGCACAUCGUGUUAUCAGUUUCAUAUUAGAAUAGUGUGAGAACAUCAUAAAUUAUAAUGAUGCUACUCAACAAGCACCAGCGGUAAAAUUGGUAUUCGUGGAAAACUGUUGUGCACUUUGGAUGCAACUUGCCAAUGAGGAUUAAAACGUUAAUCACAAGUGUCCACGGGUCAGAUUAGUUAAACGUGAUCAAUUUGACGACAGCAUCGCCUAAACAUUGUGACAAGCAUUGCUCUCAACGGAUUUCAUGUGUCCCAUAUUUUCAUCACAAAUUAUGAAUUACACAUAACAACGUCCAAUCGUUCACUGUAAGAAACAAGGAAGCGUGUGCCGGCAAAACGGAAGUGCAAAUGAAACCAAUAAACGAAACUUGCUGACAGGAUAAAAAUUAAUUCAUGGUGAUUUGGUGGUGAAAGCUAGUCACAGAAGUGGUCGAAGAAAAGCGAUAAAAAGCGAUGAAAAUUGAUUGUCCACCAGUGUUCUGUCAUCGUCACCACUAGGGAUAUUAAGUGGUGGCUUUUGACCAGUGCCCAUUCCCCUGAUGAAUAUGUGCCUGUGCGUGUUUAACUACAAUCCAGAGUGAAAUUGGUCAAACUUGCCCAAAAACCGACGACGGCACCCGGGAGCUGUGAACGAUUAUAGGAUGAAAAUUUGUGUCGUCAUGGUGUGCUAAAGCCAAGCGAAGAACCAAGGGAUCGGCUCAUCACAAAACAGCAAACCCGGCUCGGAAUGAGGAAAAACUUUUUCCCAUGGAACGAACCAUCCAAGCCCGGGAAGAUUGAAAAUGGAAUACCCUCAUAAAACAACAGGGUAGCAAUGUGUAGUUAGCUCGGUAUCGGAUAAAACAACGAGGAACUAGGAUCACCCAGAACGAAAAAAAAGUUUGUACCAGCAGCAACCAGCACUUGACGCAGCGGUGUUACGUAUUAUGGAAAACUUUCCCUUCGGAGCCACGCGCGAAUCCUGUGCUCACGGAACUCCCUCGAGAGGGAGAUGCAAAUGACGACGCUCGUCGAAAGGCGGGUAAAAGCUGUAGGAUAUCGGCCCCAAGUGGAAGGACCCUUCGACAGAGGUGGGAGAAAACGAAGGAAACAGCAUAAGUACACAAGACAAGAGAGGUGAACAAAUUCUAGCGCCAAAUUGCAAGUGAUGGUAUUAUUGGAAUAAUUUAUAAUAAUAUAAUCCACUUUACCCUUGGCUUGGUGCGAUCAAGUUGGGUCCCAAUGCUGGGAAAAUGGUGCAAGAAAAUCAAGAAAAACGAGUACUCGAAUGGGAAAAGUUACCCAAGUGUUGAAAUAGUCGUAAAUUUUGUGUAGAAAGUUGCACCAAAAAUGAGGGUGGAAGUUUAAUCACCUGUUGGAAAACGAAAAGUGCAAACGACGAAAGAAGGGAUGAUUUUCUUCAGCUGGACAGUUCACGCUCAGUCGCUCGGACUCGAUAGAGCAAUAUUGAAAAUGUGCGUGUGAGUGAACAAGAAAUAAGUUUCAGAAUAUUACAGCAAGUGAAAGUGAUUUUUAGGCUUCGGGAUUUGGUGAUGCGUUAACGUGUUUUUUUUUCUUCUCCAAAUCCAAAUACGCCCAAAGUCGAUUAUGGUAAUCCACCGGUACCUAAAGCUGAAAAGUUCUGAACAUUUUACCGGGAGAGCGGUACUACACGAGUCGUUGGGUCAAAGCUAAUGCAACAUCUGCUCUGGUGUUCGCCCGACCGAAAGAACAAAAGUUGCGAGUGAAGAACAACCAUUUCGAAUCGUCGGACAAAAGUUUCAACCUAUCAAAGACAACGAAUGCCGAGUCGAGGAACAGGUGCCAAGAUGGUGAAUUUCAUCGAGUUUCCUGUGCAGGUGGCCUGCCUGCUUUUGGCAGUUUUGGUCCAACGGGCAACAAGUGUUAAAGACGUGCCACUCGUCACCAUGGAGGCCCUGGUGGGGGAGACCAUCUAUCUGCCCUGCAAUAUUAGCACACACGAGCCGGGGGAUAGCGUCGUCCUGGUCCUAUGGUACCGGGAAGAUAAGGGCUCGCCUAUCUACAGUGCUGAUACCAGAGGCCGGGAUGUGACGUCAGCAAAACGGUGGUCCGACGAUUCCGUGUUCGGCAAUCGGGCGUACUUUCUGUUCGAUAAGCAGCCGGGUGAGCUUGCGGUGCAGAAUGCCCGUGAAGCCGACAGCGGUUUGUACCGCUGUCGGGUGGAUUUUAUCGUAGCACAAACUAGGAAUAGCAUCGUAAAUUUAACAAUUAUUGUUCCACCCGAACGAGUCGUCAUACAGGACCAACUGGGCAUCGAUCGGACAACGGUGGCUGGCCCCUAUAGUGAAGGUGAUAUUGUAACGCUGCGAUGCGACGUCUAUGGAGGCCGUCCAGUUCCGACGGUUAGUUGGUUUCGCGACGGUAAUCCACUGGUGGCCGAAUCCAAGAACAUGCCAUUGAACAAGCACCUCCGGAGCGAGAUUGUAUUGGGACCACUGAGCCGGCAGGACCUACACUCAAAGCUAGUGUGCAAAGCUAGCAACCACGAACGGGCAAACGCGGUGGAGCAGUCCGUCCAGAUCGAUAUGAACUUUGCUCCCCUCAAUAUAAGACUGAUUGGUGCACGCCAACCCCUAUCGGCCGGUCAUCGAUACGACCUGCUGUGCCAAAGUGCGGGUUCUCGGCCGGCAGCCUCCAUAACAUGGUUCCUGGAUGGAAUUCGGCUCGACAGAAGCAAAGAAACGACGUCUGCCGAUGGUAAUCAAACCACGAGUACGCUGUCGAUAAGCCUUAACCGAACCGAUGCGGGCAAGUAUCUGUCCUGCAAAGCGUACAACUCCUACGUACCAACCACCGAAGCGCUGGAGGAUGGAUGGAAGCUCGAUAUACAAUAUGUUCCUGAUGCGUACGUUCGGCUCGGCAGCUCACUGGAUCCAGACUCAAUCCGCGAAGGCACGGACGUCUAUUUCGACUGCAUAGUGACAGCUCAUCCCGCUGUCUACAAGGUCGAAUGGAAACAUAAUAACAAAACACUGCCGCACAACAUAUCGCAGGGCGUUAUCAUAAGCAACCACUCGCUGGUCCUGCAGGGAGUCUCCCGAACCACGGCCGGAAAUUACUCCUGCGUCGGGUUCAACGCGGAAGGCGAAGGCAGCAGCCCGGUGUUCGAGCUGAACGUGAUGUAUGCACCAACAUGUGCCCCCAACCAGCAAAGAGUCUACGGCGUUGCCAAGCAGGAAAAUGCUGAGAUCAGGUGCAUCGUUGACGCUAAUCCUCCGGAUGUGGAGUUCAAAUGGACAUUUAAUAAUUCAGCCGAGAGCAUCGACGUGCAGGCGAGCCAUAUUUCCAGACUAGGAACCUCAUCGGUAGUAUCGUACACCCCGAUGACUGAAUUAGACUACGGUACGCUGCUCUGCGUGGCAACCAACCGAAUCGGCAAGCAGAGACAGCCCUGCGUGUUUCACAUAAUUGCUGCAGGUCGACCGGAUCAGGUACACAACUGUACUUUGGCCAAUGUCUCCAUGACGUCAUUGAAUGUGAGGUGCUUCGAGGGAUUCAAUGGAGGUUUGGCACAAUCGUUCUUUCUUGAGCUUCGGGACACUCACACUCUGGAAGUUCGUUUCAACAACACCUCGCCUGUUCCGAGGUUUACGGUGCCAAACCUUCAUCCCAAUGCUAUAUACCAGCUGGCAGUGUUUGCCUUUAACUCUAAGGGCAAGUCCGAACCAUACGUGAUGAGUGCAGCUACCCAGAGACUGCCGGAAAAGCAGAUGAACUCCGACAAAGCAGAACGACCCAAAUCACCCCUGCCAUUGACACCGACCAUGUCGAUUGCCAUUGGUCUCGGUGCUGCCGUUCUGAUUGGGAGCUGUGCCAUAGUUUUGGCUCUGAAAUUUCCCUGCGGAGCAAGCAGCAGACGAAAUAAAGAAACCGCCCAGAGCACUACGGUGAGAACCUCGUCGCCGGGGCCAAGUGACAAAAGCGUAGCAAGCAAGGAGUACGACGGCAACGAGAGUGACGAAAAGAACCCAGAUGUUAUACCCGACACGAUUGAUUCUGACGAUCAGAUGGAGUAUAUUCGACGUCGACAGCACAUAUCCACAAUUGACACGAGCAGUCCGAGUCGAUUGCUGCUGACCACCACGGCCCAGAGCCAAAACUUCAUGGGCUCCACAAUGGCUCUGCACAACAAUCACACGGCCAGUUUGGGCUACUGCACUCUGAGGAACGGUAUGCCCCAACCUCCGGCGAACUCGGUGACUAACGUGUCCAUGAGUCAUGUGCCAAAUACAUUUACGUCAGCUUCGCACGUCACGUGCACCCUCCCAAGGCAUCCACCAAGUGCAGCGGGCGGUGGCAUUAUAAAUUCCGUUGGUCCUGCUGCUGGUGCCCAUCAUUGGCCUUCCUACGGGGGAACCAUUGCCGGAGUGCGAAACAUGACGGCCAUUUCGGUGACCAGCAGUCAGCAAGUGGUACCGCCUCCACCCUCAACGAUAGCUAUGCAACAUCUUGGUGGGCCUCAACCGAGGGCUCGCGUCUGCAUUGGACUCCCCGAGGACGACGUUUCCGCCGAUACGCCCUUGAUGGUAAAACGGGAAAGCACCGUAUGACUAUAGGAAUCUCACAGGGUCGGUGAUACGGCCCUGUGAGGCUCAUUCUCCGAAAGUGCGCAACUUCCAGUCGGGGCGCCAACGCUAGGGAACGAGGCAAGACUUAAACAAUAAUUAGAAAUUGUUAAAAUAACGAAACGAUUCCGAAGCUGUUAGUAGAGAACGAGAAAUCCUACAAAAUAUUUUCCCCCGUCGAAGACGCAUCUCUUUGUUCUUCGAGAGGGAGUACUGUUCCCGACGGUGAUCACUUUACGUUUAUGUUUUCGUUUUUUUCUACUGAUAUGUAAAACAAACAAAAAAUCAAGAAUAACGAUGUUAUUUACCAUUAUAUCAUUUUGUGAUAUGAACGCUGUGAAAUAAUUAAACCAAUAUGCUCAAUUUUGAGUGUGACCUAUGGUGGAGAAGAAAAAAUGGGGGAAAAGGACCGGAUGAUUCUAGAUUGUAGUUUCAGAUUGAGUGAGAGUAUUGACCUCCUGAGUGUACGUUUUAUUAUUUAUUAUUAAUUGCAUUGCGUAUUGAAGGAUAGAAGUUUUUUGGACAACUAAUUUUGAGUGUGUCAUAACUAAAAUUAAAUAAAUAGUCUUAUAUUUUUUUAAGCAAAACUGUGUCCAAUAUGUGAUAUUCUUUUUUUUAACUGUUAUAGUUUUCUUGGAAGUCUUUUAAGUUAAAAUAAAAUCCAAAUUUUGUCCCUCGUUGCUUCUCUGUCGUUUGCAUUCUAUUGAAAUUUAAUUCCCCUUGCGUAACACUAUCACGAUUGCCGUACUAUAAAAUUCUCUCAUUUAACCUGGAACUGCUUUUUCUUUAGUACUGUUAAUCCCGGCUAAAGGCCACAAUAAAACAAGAAUCGCGCAAGAGCGAAGAAAAAAAAACGAACGUGCGAAUGAGGAAUCUGUAAAUAAUAAUCUAGUUUAUGACCAAUUCGCUCGUCUGCGCCACCGGAAUCCCCCCAAGAAUGACCCCGUGAGAUACACAGAAGAAACUCGAACGAACCCAAGGUCGUAAUCUUUCCUGUAAAUAUGUAUAAAAAAAAGAAUCGCGCGAAAAAAGUAACGAUCUAAAGCUGAAAUGAAGAGCGACGAGAAAAGUUUUUCCUCCUGAUUUGAUUUCGCGUGAACGAACCUCUCGCAUUUCACACCCAAUAUCCUACUACUGGUGGCAGACGGGAUUGGACUGAAGUGUGAAACUGGAACUGAGCAAAUGAGAUUCCUCCAACCGUUUGGGCGUGUUGGGUAUGGAAUCGUGAGUACCCUUCGAGGGAUGGCUGAGUUGUUGUUGGCAACCGGUCACUUCCAUUCUGUCGUGCUGUACAUAGUAGGAAUGAUGCCACCUUCCCUCCUUUUGUCUGCCGCAGGAAAAGGACGGAAACGCGAAGAAGAGUUAAUAUAGUUUUAGCUAGAAAAUAAAAUUUAAUAAUGAGCCCGGAAGUUGAUUGCGCUGACUGGUUGGUUGGGCUUAGUGAUAAACAGCAUCGAUGUACAGCUUUUACUUUUAAUAAUGUGAAUUCAGUUUUCAAUUGAAUCGGUCAAGUUUAACACUAAUGGAAGCAAAUAUUGUUGAUUGAAUGUGCAUUAUAAAAGGCGACAUAGCAUAUGCCUACACUUCAAGUUUCAAAGACGAUCGUUUUAAUAAUUACUGUACAGUUCAAUAACCAUGCGGCAGUGUUGAAGGGUGUUGAGAAAUAACGAGGUAAGUUACAAAUAUAUUUUUUUGCGUUUAAGUUCAGUUUUUAUACUCGGCAGAAAAAUAACAAUUGACAUGACGUGAUAACAGACAAACAGAAGAGGUACAACAUUAACAACGAUUUUCCAAUACAGAUAAACAAGCCUCAUAAAACUCUGAUUUGAUUGACAGUGCAACAUUUUCCAGGUUAUCGAAUGUAAAUAAAAUUCUUAGUUCAAUUCCCGAAUCCACUAGCAAAACCACAUUUGGAUUUUGAAAUUUUUGUUCAAAAAUUUGGGUUACUUCUUGUUUGGCCAGGACCCAUCCCUACGUUGUGUUGUUUUUCGAGAGCAUCAAAAUCCGUAGGAAAUCACCAACACAGAAAACUAACUACAGAGGAUGAUUUAUUUCCUCCGAGGCACAUGCUGACACUUAGAGGGUCAACAAAACACUUAAAAACUAUUUACAUGUUGAUCUUAAAUAACUAUCCGAUAACACAAAAUAUCAUUCACAUGUUAUAUGUAUGUAGUGGUAGAAGAAACAAUUCAGUUGUGUAUCGCUACCAUUGCGGCCGAGGGGAUUCCGAUUGCACAAAUUGAGUGUUUGAAAGCGCAGAGCCCGGAACCGAUACAUUAAGUCUCAACAUACCGGCCCCCAAAAACGAAGGUUUUUAAUUAAACUAUUGAAAUGAGCUGCUAGCGGCACUUCACUCUAUACUUCACUUUGAAUAAAGCUGGACGGAAGUACUUCUUUUACAUCUUCGAAUGUAUAAUCAAUCAAUCUAUUUGGAACGCAUUGGAUCGUUCCGAAUGAUGAUUUGAUGGUGGUGGAUACAAGGGCUCGCUGGUACACAGGGUUGAAUGUUGGAAUCCCGUCGGCAGUUGAACCAUGAAAGCGUAGAUGGUCGGCACUGUCUGCGAAGAAACGUAGAGGACCAAGAAUAGACGGCGAGAUAGAAAGCAGCAAGAUCUUGGGAAUGGGCGGCAAGGUCCGCAGAUGGACGGCAAGGCCCGUAGAUAGACGCUAAGGUCUACAAAUGGACGGUGAGGUCCGGAAGAUAUACAGCAAGGUCCAUAGUUGGAUGGCGAGCUUAGCAGUUGGACGGCACGGUCCGCAGACAGAUGUUGGGCUCACAAAAUGACGGCGAGGUCCGGAAGACAUACAGCAAGGUCCAUAAUUGGACGGCGAGCUUUGCAGUUGGACGGCACGGUCCGCAGAUAGGUCCACAAAUGUACGGCCCGGUCCGGAAAUUCGGCAGCAAGGUGCGCAGUUGGACGGCGAGGCCCAUAGUAAGACGGCGAGGUCUGCUAUUGGAUGACAAGAUCCGCAACUGAACAAUUCUGGAAUAUUCACGGCAGGAUUCGGAGUUGGAGGACGCAGUCCAUCCAGAAAAUUAGCAAGGAAACGCUAUGGCAAUGGCGUCGAAUUCACAUGAGACAAUGACCGUUUGCCAUGAAGGUAGUCGUUGUACACAAUGGCCGAUGAAACAAUCAUUGACUGCAGGCCUGUUUCAUAUUCACACAUAUCUCAUCCGGGAAUCGUUGGUGAUUU